GCCUAAACAGUGUUUAGGAAUAAGGUUACUUUUACAUGUUUACAACUCUGUUGCCCAUCAUAGAAAGUCUUUGCAGAAUAGUGACAAUAUUGUAUUAAAUUAAUAUAAUGUUUAUGAACGUUUUGCACCUCACUUUGUCAUGUAAAUAAGAUCCACGUGCGGAUCCAUCAGCCGGUGCGUGUUCACAAUUUUCUCUUUUCGGUUACGCCAAAAAUUGUUCGUCUGACAAGUGAUUAAUUGUCAGGUCGUUGUUGAAAAAAAUAUAAUGCAAUUUCGGGCAAUAGAUCGAUAUAGAUAUUAACUUAAUAAACUGUACGCAUAGCAUAUGGCCGAUUGAACAAGCUUUACCUGAACACAAGUGUUUACUAUAGCACGGGUUAUCAGGUAAUUAUAUUUUUGUGUUAACAAUGAAAGAACGAAAAAAAGUCAUCGCUUCCGCUUUGAGGUUGCCUGCAGAUGAUCCAUAUAAUGCAAGUAUUGGUGUUCAACAUGAAGCUUUUUUUUCGUGCGAGAGAAUUUCACAACAGGUGGCAACUUUGCAGAACAUAUUGAGGAACAAGUCCGAACUGCCUAGCAAUGUUCUUUUGCCAUUUCUGAGCACAGUCUACUUGGCCGCCGACCCGCCGCAAGCCGCUGCACUACGGAGAAUUUGUUACGGAGCGCUUCGCGAAUUUCCGCUCAUCGACGUCUCCUCAGCACUUCACAAUCGGCUAAUGGUGCUCAUGGAACGUGCCGGUACAGCCCAAGACGUGAAUCCCUGCAGUCAGCUCGACGAGUUAUCGCUCUUAGCUGUAUGGCAUCCCCAUGGACUGCAGACGCUGCGUAUUGACCUAUCCCGCGUGCUCAUUUAUCUGGCCGCCGCUUUGAAAUAUAUAAAAAUUCUAUCGCGACGUGGAAGCCAAGAGCGCGAGCGCGGAUUUAAUUAUGCCUCUAAAGUAGCUCGAUGCGCAGCGGCCCUGUCCAAAGGGGGUGUUUCAAACGAGAAAGAUAGAGAUGUCUUGCGUCAGAUUUGUACAGGAAUUAAGGAGCUUCUUAUUGACGAAUCUACUAUGUUGUCCUGUCGCCUAGCUUGUGGAGUUAGCCUUCCUGAAUUGAUUAGAGCCACCAGUUCUUCAGAAGAUUCCAGUGGCGAACCUCGUGAGGUGUAUGUUGCUCAUAGUGAUGAGCUACUGGCAGUUCCCUUAGCACAUGUGUGUUUCAUCUCUGGAAUGAUCAAUAUUACGCCAAUUGAUAACGUAAAUGACUUGAGAAUUUACGAAGAGCUGCUUUCCGACCUGGAUCGCCUUGGAAACCGCCAAGAGUUACAACAAGAGGCUCCAUUUGCGCUGACUUGUGUACGCACAGUUUUACAGUGGACUGAGAAGCUCUGUAAAGAUGGCAGGGGUUCUUCACGGGAAGUGUUCGAGCGGCGAUUCGAGGACUUACUGAGAAUUGCUUUUUCAAAUAUUGAGCACUUCGUGGACGCCGUGCAGCAUCAGGGAAAAGCGUUAUUCAAAGUAACCGUAGAGAAUAUGGUGAAAAAUCCUGAUCCGAAGCAUAUAGAGUCGCUAAAAAGAACAUUCAUUCAACUCCUCAGUGAACCGCAUUACAGAAAAGCGAAAUAUGCUCCCUUACAAAUAAUCGCAAAGCAUAUCAAGGUUCACAAUAUAAUCAAUGCAACAGCCGUACUAGAAGUGUACCAGACCCUGCAGGAGAAAAAUAUGCUACCUUACGUGGAAGACUUUAUUCGGGAUGUGGGCGGUAAAUGUUUGUUAGAAGAUCCUCAAAGCUGGAAUGCUGUUUGGGUGGAACCGUUUUUCACCAUUUUCGACAGUAACCAAUGUUCCGCAACGGUCAAGAACCUUUUACCGGGACUUCUUCGACUUCAACCGGCUCUAGCUGACGAGAUUCUUUCUCGUAGCAAUAAUCAGCGCUACCUGCUAUUGGCCCUCGAGGCACUUUCUCCAGAUAAACUGUUCGAAUGUCCACGGAACCUCGAGAAUGCGCAGUGGCCAACGGAUGAAAGCGUGCGCCAUAGCCUUCUUCGACUGUUGACGGAAUGCCCUAAGUCUUGUGAACCCAUCGAUCCGAGGGCAAUCCCACAUCUCAAAACCUUCCUUGAGUUGAAUAUAUCAACUCAGAGUCAAGCUCUCCGUCAAGCAAUGUUUUCGUCUUUUAAGAAGCUUUUACAACGUGCCGCGGACAGUAAUAUAUAUUGGCGAAAACCUGGAAAGAAACACGAAGUUUAUGGAGAAAAAGGCAUCGAAGAUGUACUGAGGCAAGGAGAGGAGCUGGUCACCCAUUUUUGGCUUUUCUGCCUCUCUCAACUUCAUCCUGGUUGUAGCUUUUUCACUCGUUCGACGGCCCUGAUGCUGCUGGAAUUAAUGGCCCCACUUGCACGGAACGAUCAAUGGACUCAGACGAAGGCACAUACGCUACUCUACUGGCUUAAGGACACUUAUGAGAGAAAUAAGACAGCUGUGGUACACAUUCUCCUUACGGGACCACGGCACCUUUUGCCUUUCGCGAAUUCUGAAAAGGUACUUAACGAGUGGCUUGAACAUAGCGUUAUAUUAACGCGGUCCGCAAGGCCCCCGGACGGAGUUACAGCUUCAUACAUACUUCGCGUACUUGCCAAGACAAGUAGGGAACAGAUAAUACAAGGAAGUACUGCUUCCCCUGAAGAUCAAGUAUUCUUGCGGUUAUUUGCGGCAAUUCUACCCGAACUUCGCAAUCAAGUUCAAGUAGCACUGAAUCAAGGGCUUUUGGAGGCAUCAUCGUCUGCUCCGAUGUACAGUGCUCUACUCUGUGUGCGCACUUUGUUCAAUGAGGCAUUUUCUUGUUCUCUGAAUCUAGCGCACAUUGAGGAGUAUCGAGUGAUCCUCCAGGAAAUUCUAGAUCUUUCGUAUAAAAUAACUUCUGUGGCAUCACCGCUGGUCACCCAUCCAAGCCCUGAGGGUCGUGUUGAUUUCAACGAACACCCCGAGAUCGUCGAGCAAUUUAAGGCUGCUCUCAAUAGAGGAUUUGGAAAACGACUUCAUAAUGCGGAUGCGGUGAAGACAUGGGCAGUGGCUGCACAGAUGAUGCUGCUUUGCAGUUGGAGGUCGCAUCGUGAAAUCUCUCUUUGCUUUGGCGAUAUUGCCUCACACCUGGGAAAAGUUACCGCUUUAAAAAUUCUACCCGAAGAGGAAUUCGUAAAGAUGGGAGUCUAUUUUAUGAACGAGUUGUGUCGUGUACGACAUCGCGGUGCUUUUGAGCAGGCAUCGAUGGGUUUUUCGCGAUUAUGUUACUCUUUAUGGCGACAUCCAGACGAACGGCUUCGGCGUCUUCCUGAAGAAUGGCUUGAUGAGCUAAUGUCCCGUGUAGCCAGUGGAGAAGUUUCAGCUACGAGACGUAGCGCAGGAUUGCCCUUCAUCGUGCAGUCUAUUGUGGUCACGGAGCCUGAAGUUAACGCCAAUGGCGGAUUGAGACGUGCUAUGACAGGACUGCUACCCUUGGCAGCUGGCGAAGACGAGAAAGCUCGGGUCCACGCACUCAACGUUCUUCGGGCGCUCUACAGAGAUACCCAGUUGGGAGAAAGCGUCAUGGGUUACGUGAGCUCCGGACUAUGUUCAGCUUUGCGAGGUUUCUCUCAUCCCGCGUGGCAUGUUCGCAACGCGAGCACUCUGCUUUUCUCGUCGUUAAUGACGAGAAUCUUUGGAGUAAACAGAUCACGCCAAGAUAUCGAGCGUAAAAAUUGCCUUACCGGAAAUGUUUUUUUUCAGCGUUUCCCAGAGCUUUUACCGUUUCUUCUUGAAAGAAUUGCUGAACUUCUAAAGCAUAUCGAGGGCCACACGGGUCUGUAUCCCAUUCUACUCCUGUUAGAAAGGCUUAUACCGUCGCUAACAGACUCCAAGUUAGGCGCCUUUAUGCCUCUUCUAGAUGUCUGCGCGGGUUCUUCGCUUCAUGGCAUCCGUGUCGCCAGCUCGAAGGCUUAUGCCUCGUUGCUUCCGGCUGAGUCCCGUCUGCAGGUUCUGAUACAAAAAAUGCGGAUGCUGGCAGCCGGCGAAGGAAAAAUUGGUGAAAACCGGCUUCACGGAACCCUGCUGCAGAUUCGCGCGGUGCUUACAAUGUCGGAAAUGUCGAGCGAACUGACGCAGGCCUUGAGCGGCCCACUGAUGGAAGGUGCAUGGAUCGCGGCCCCUCAUUAUGGCCUUGCAGCUGCCGAAUACAUACGUUUACUGACAUCUUGCAGCUCAAAUGUCGAUAAGGUAUAUAUUUUAUACAUUUUUUUAUUUCGCUAUAAUAUGUUGUUGUUCACAUACGUUUUUUACAAAACACGUUUGAUCCAACGCGCACGAAAUGCAUUCAGUCUUCUGUCACUGGUCUGCAGGCAGUAUAAUUUUCUUUCCCUUGCGCAACGCCACAGUUUUGACGUGCAAAACAAUGCAUGUCAUUUAGGAAUCCAAGCACAGUUAGGAUCUGACACGCACGUCAGCGUACACUUUGAAGAAUCAUAUAGCACACACGACUUGAAUUGGCUUUUAAGAUACACACGAUUACGCAACAUGGUCUUUCAGGUAUUAGAAAUUGUUCCUAAGGCGGACCUCAUCAUUCCGGGCGGUGACCAGUUUCAAGCCGCCCUCAUAAAGUACAAGCUAACAUGCGGAGUGCCGGUUGACGCUCGUACUGACAGCGAAAAAGCGGCCGCCUUUGAAUUUUGUUUGGAACAUGGUUCUGUAUCGUCCGCCAUCGAACUUAUGAAUCAAGUUAUUCAGUCCCCUGACAAAGAACAUCCCGAUGUUCAGCGAAUGGCAUACGAGCUGGCUACAUUGAAUGCGGGUAAGCUUGAUAGGUUGGAAACUCGUGUGCUCAUAUUGCUUGAUCGACUUUCUGUAUUGACUCACCCUUCCGUAGCUGUGGCCUUGUUUGGGCUUGUAAGCGCAUUUGUGCCUCGUCUCAAAGGUAAUUUUUUGCGUGGGGUCAUAGACGCGUUACGCAAGUACUCAGCCCCUAAUCAAGAUCCGGACAUGAGACGGGUUGCCGCGGAUCUCGCUUACAACCUGCUUAAAGCUCAUGGUGAGGAAGUGUUCGUGAGAAACGCCGCGAGUCACAUAUGCUUAACCCAGGCUCUUGUUAACCUCGUAUUGGACAACGACGUCUACAUAAGAGACCGUAUCAUCGAUGGUGUGGCGACGAUCAAUGCGGAUUUAUUAUGUCGGCUAACCCCCCUAGAAGCUGUACUAGCUAUAUGUUCAAAGACAACAGCUAAUCCUCAGGCAUUUGGCCAAUUCCUUGUCGAGCUCGCCUCAGUAGAUGAUGACAGAAUACCUGCCUUGGACAACUCUCAAGAUCAGGACUCAAUAGACGGAAACAUUGAUGAACAACCAUUUGAAAAAGGUGAACUAAAUACAUUCUAUGAUACGCUUGUCAUCGCAGAGUCAUGUCGACGGACACUUGAAGAACUUCGGCCUCGAUUAGUAGGAGAUCUCAAUAUGCCAACACUGACGCCAGAACAGAGCGCCACUAUUGAUAAACUAGAGACGCAGGUCCUUCAAACAACCGAUUACGAACUUGCAAGUAACCGGCAACUGGACCGCGGGCUGGUGUUACUCGGACAGAAGCUCACGGCACAAUCUAUGGUUGUGGGCAGAUUACAGAUUUGUGAAAGGCCUUUGAUAAAUAAUAUGUAUUUUUCUCGUUUUGCUAAAUUCAACAAUUGCACUGAUUGCACGUAGAAUGAUUGUUACC